CGCUAUAAAGUCCGGGCUUGAAGAAAUAAAGAAAACUAAAACAAAAAAUCGAAGACGAUGCUGGCGCUUCCCUCUCCCCAACCUUCUCCUCCGCCGCUUUACUCUUCCUCACCCUCCUCCUCCUCCUCCUCUUCCGCCUCCUCCGCCAGUUCGAUACUCCUCAUAAUCGUACUGAUCAUAGCCUUCUCCGUUCUCGCCUCAGUCUCCUUCCACCUCCUCCGCCACCUCAUCUCCCGCCGCCGAUGCUCCUCUCUUCCGCCUCCUUCCCUCCACUGCCCUCCUUCUUCACACACAGAACACACCUCCUCCGCCUCCGUGACGCCGCCGCCAUCGGCUAAAGACCAUCUCGUCUCCUCCUUCCCACCCGUCUCCCUCUCUUCCGCCGCCGCCGCUGUUCUCCCCAAAUCCCCCGAUUGCGCCGUCUGCCUUUCCCCUUUCUACCCCCGCGACGAUCUCCGCCUCCUCCCCUCUUGCCGCCACGCUUUCCAUCUCAAAUGCAUCGAUUUGUGGCUUCAAUCCACGCCAUCAUGCCCUCUCUGCAGAUCACCCGCCGCUCCGGCAGAGGAAGCCUGCGGAUCGAGCAGCUUUCAGACCGAAAUCGAACUUUCUUACUCUUUGGAGUCUUCGCUCGAACACCUCGUGGACGAGGAAGUAGAGGCCGCGGUGGGCCGCUUGAGUAGAACGCAGAAGGAGGAGAAUGGCGAGGGUGGACAAGAAGUGACAGCACAGCGUGGGAUGCCAGAGGAGAUAGAAGGUGGUGGCGGACGUGGGUGGCUGAGGGAGUACUUGGAUCGGGUGGCUUCCUCGGCUUCAUCAUCGUUCAAUUCACUGACAUUCUCUGGAAGGUUAAGCAGCCACCACCGAUUUGACUCGGGUUCCAUCGAAUCAGUCACCGCCGGCGAUGGCCGGAGCUGGGAUUUGGAGGGCGUGGACUGGGUGGAGGAGAGCGGGCUCGCCGGAAUCUAUCGGUGGUUCGUGGGCAUAUGACUGUAACACAAAUUUUGUUCAAUUUUCUCUCAUUAAUGGUUCUCAAACAAAGAAUAGAGUCAAUUUCUGAUCGAAUCCAAACAGUUCAAUUCGCAGAAAGAUAAGUUAUUUUCAUGCAAUCAAUAGGAUGUUCUCUUCA